AAUUAAAUUAAUCAUCGAAUGAAUGCGUGCUAUGUAAAGUGAAUUACUAUUUCAUGAAUUAGUGCCGUUUACGUGUUACUGUUGCGUUAUGCUGUGGAGAUCCAAAUCUCAUUUCAAGUUUUGCAUAUCGUAAAUUGAUUCCUAUCAAUUCUUUACAGAAAUAGACAUCACAUGUUCACAGUAUAAUCCCACUAAAGUUUUCAUGAUCGGACUUGCAAAUCUUCGUUCUUGUAUCGUGGAAUCGGAGUGAACUGAGGAAUUGUAUGACCUCAGUGGUCAUGUCGUUCAGUGGUGCUUAGUGAUAACACGUAAUUUAACGUAUUGACCGAGGACACCUCAACAGAUAAUCUUUUAUCUGACUAUUAAAUAAUGAACGGUCGGGAGCGCGCGCUUUGCCGGCCACUUCGCAAGUGCGUCCGCGCUAGUUCGGAGACGGACGCUCGGCGAGAGCUCACAGUUCUUCUUUGACAUCAAACACGCUUCGGACUGGACUUCAAAUACCUUCACAACUAUCCAUAUAAAGUGUCAAACAUAAGUGAACUUCGCUACUAUCAUAGUUCAGUGCUCCAAAAUUAUCGUGUUUUGAACUAGUGUCAGUUAGACAGAAUGAGGAAAUUCAACAAUCAAAUGAUAAUUCAGUGAGAAAUGUGGUUGUAUACAUUGAAAUUACCGGGAUUUGGCAGCAACAAGAACGUGUUGUACGAAGAGAGUGCCAAAAUGGCAAGACUCGAGCAUGAGGUCACGGCGGUGGUGUGGUGUCCGCAUGGAAGCCCGGCGGACUGCUAAUCAGGCGCUGCACAGGUUGCGUGCGCAGUUCCGUCGCGCCCUGCCGGAAUGGACCGCGCGCGCGUGUCGCCGCCGCCGGACUGCGCGAACCAUCGGCCGCUCGAAGGAGGACCCCGCGAAACCGUCAAUACCGCAGCCUCGCCCGCGGAGGCCCUAAGCGAGCCACAGAGUCCGCGGCCCGCGCCGCGCGCGCUAGCCUCCAUCCCCGAGAGCGAGCCGCUGCUCGCCGCGCCGCUCAGCGUCGCCGCCCUCGCCGACAAUGCGGCCCGCAAGCACAACGGCCGGCCGCUGCACGUGCAGUUCGACGCGCAGUCGCCGCCCGCGCCCGCCUCGCUGUCGGCCAGCAGCUCGGCGUCCAGCUCGUCCGACGAUGAGGACGUGUCUAUCGCCGAGGCCCGCCCGCCCGACGGCGGCUGGGGCUGGGUCGUCGUGUUCGCCUCCUUCAUGGUCAACCUCAUCGCCGACGGCAUCACCUUCAGCUUCGGAGUGUUCUUCCCGCACUUCCUCGAGUACUUCGGCGAGAGCAAGGGCAAGACGGCCUGGAUCGCUGGCAUCUUCAUGGCCAUGCCGCUGUUGUCGGGGCCCAUCGCCAGCUUCCUUACUGAUAGAUACGGCUGUCGGCGCAUGACGAUAUUCGGCUCAAUCCUAGCUGCCAUAGGAUUCGUCAUAUCCGCCUUCGUAGAUAAUAUGGAGACAUUAUUUUUAACUUUCGGCAUAAUGGCCGGAUUCGGAUUAAGUCUGUGUUACGUGGCGGCAGUAGUGAUAGUCGCAUAUUACUUUGAGAAGAAACGUUCUUUAGCCACCGGAAUUUCGGUUUGCGGUAGCGGCAUCGGAACAUUCGUGUUCGCGCCCCUGACCUAUGUAUUAUUAGAUGAAUAUGGGUGGCGCGGAACCACACUAAUAUUAGCUGGUUUAUUUCUAAAUAUGGCAGUGUGUGGACUGCUAUUUAGAGACUUACCGUGGACGACCACGAUGAAUGAAGAAAGGGCUAAGGAGAGGAAAAGAAAACGUGAAAGGAAACGGCUUAAACGUUAUCAAGCUUCGUCAGCUGAUAGCUUUUCGGACAGUAAAAGCAGUGCUGCGGGCUCUCAGAAGGUUAACGAGACCGCCGAUAUAGAAACAGUCACAUCACCAAUAGUUCCACAGUUCAGUUCUUUGGUGGACUUGCCAACAUUUAUGACGGGUGGGGAAGGAGUGUCACUGGAGGUGUUCGAGUUGAUGUCGAACAGGGGUCGUGCAUACGCCAUCCUUGCGCAGAACUACCCAGGGGUGAUGCUGCCUUCUAGAAGCUUCAGCGACAGUGGGCGGCUGCACGAGCAGUCCCCGCCGCGGGCACUGAUGUCCCCCACGGAGCGGCCCGGCGGCGCGGGCGAGACCGGGGCAACGCGCCCGGCGCCGCAGGGCACGGCGCCCAUCAACGACAAAGCAGCGCUGUCGCUGUGGCUGCGGCGGCAGGCCACCGGCUCCACUAAGAAGCCGCCGGCCUUCCUGAAGGACCUGCGUGUGCACAGACACUCGCUCACGUACAGAGGCGCUAUGCUCAACAUCAACCGCUACCGGCUGCGAGCGUCUUCCUGUCCUAACAUCUUCAGGAACUCUAUGACUACCAUUGCUAAAGAAAAGGUCCAGUGGUACGCCGGGCUUUGGGACUUCUGGGACUUAGCAGUGGAUGUUCUCGACUUCUCCCACUUCUCGAAUCCAGCGUUCCUGAUAUUCGCGAUCUCGAACUUUCUGCUGUACAUGUGGUAUGACGUGCCGUACGUGUACAUUGCUGACAACGGCAUGACGAUGGGCUUUAAUGAGUCCCAGUCGUCCAUGCUGAUUUCCAUCAUUGGGAUACUCAAUAUGUUUGGAGAGAUCCUGCUGGGCUGGGUGGGCGACUUCCAGUGCGUGGACGCGAGCGUGGUGUACGCGGGCUGCAUGGUGGCGUGCGGGCUGGUGACGCUGCUGAUGCCGCUGCUGCGCGGCUACGGCGCGCUGGCGGCCGCCGCCGGGGCCUUCGGCGCCGCCAUCGCCGCCAACUACUCGCUCACCAGCAUCAUACUCGUCCAGCAGAUCACGCUGGAGAACUUCACCAAUGCGUAUGGGCUGCUGCUGCUCAUACAAGGCGUUGCUAAUCUGAUUGGACCGCCGUUGGCUGGCUGGGUAUACGAUGUGACCGGCUCAUACGACCUAUCAUUCUACCUGGCUGGUGUGUUCAUCGGAAUAUCAGGCCUGGUCCUAUUCGUCACGCCGCUCAUACGCUGCGUCAAGUACUGCGCUAAGAAACCAACUGCCGAAGAAAUUAAGCCCAAUGGGGAUAUCAAGGUUAAUGGCAAGCUCAUGGUGUAAAGAAUAUCAGAGAGGAGGGAAUAUGAGAAAAUUGUUAACAAGUGCUAAGUUUACCCAUAUUGUGUUGUGAGAAGAAAAUAGGGUGAAGUAGAAUGGUCUUGGUAUGUACUUGAGAAGGAAAAUCAGGAUUGGAAUUAAAUGGUAAUUUGAAAAGGGAAUGCUUUUUGACAAGUGCAUAAAUGCAAAUCAAUUUUGUUGAAUCAUUAUAGUGAAAUGAUAAAGCAGUAUUUUAGACUUUGCCCUGAAUAAAGCUUUGGCUUCAGGGCUUUACACUUUAUACAGUGUAAACUAGAAAAUAAUAUCUAAAAAACAUGCAUAUAAAAUCAAAAGAUUUUCCAAAUAUAUGUGUUGUAUUGGAGAAUAAAUUUUCAGAUUUAUAUUGUUCUAAUUUUUCACAUUAAGAUUUUUUAAUUUUAGCAGAGGAUGUCAGAAAUCAUGGAAAUUUUAACUAACCAGUGCUAGUUAGUCUCAAAAUGCAUACUAAAAAAACAAAAUAAAUAUGUAUGAAUAUUAUUAUAUAACUUUUCUUAUGCCUGUGUGGUAGAAUGCAUGAACGAAACGCGACAGAGUGAUGUUAUACUAGACAUAAGACCUAAGUCUCCGCUCAAUGAAAACUUCCUUAAAAUAUAGCGACAUAAGUAUUUCUAGUGCUGUAUACACCCUAGUGUCGAUAUCGAUAUUUUAAAUAAUUGACAAAUCAAACUGAAUUAAGUCAAAGUGAGUUAGGCACUGUUUUACCACCUAUAAGAUAGACAAUUAGGCAUUGUCUACCAUUUGAAUACAUAAUUUUAAGAUCACUUUUAUGUAAUUAAUCUGGCUGAUAAGAAUCGAUGGUGAAUCAUUAUAUAGCAAUUGUGACGUUUAAUGAAUGUUAUUUAUAAGGAGAAGAGUAACUUAUAGUUACUAGGAAAAAAUAUAUGAAUCGAAUUUGUAAUGUAAAAAUGUAGUGCAAGUAGAAAUUCGGUACUAAGGUAUCAGGAAAUUUGGGAGAUAAUAAAAAGAUAUAUAACUUAAGAUUGCCGUAGAACAAAGUAUUUUGGCUUUGAGAAAUUAAUUUGGGUGUGGAAAUCACAAAUGAUAGUACAUGAAGAGUAUAACAAAGUGAGUUUUAGAAUGACUAAUAAGCAAUUUUCUAAUUAAUUAUUCUGGAAUUGUAAUGUAAAGUUUUUCAAUGGAGAUAGUGUAGAAAAAAGAGAUUGUUUUGCUGUGGAAGGUAAUUGCGAAAGAAAUGAAAAUAAUGUUGAGUAGGGAAUGGAGUUUUGUUGGAUUACAGUUGGUUGGUAAAAGUUGUAAAGUUUUAUUCAGGAAUACAUUGUUAACUGUCCUUUAUGUAAAUAUAUCUUACAUUUAAGGCAAGGAAUAAAAUGGUUCGUGUGGUUUUAAAGAUAACGGCCUAUUGAAUUGCGUUUAUAAAAAUGAUAGAAUAAAACUUUACAUAGAAAAGAAUCAGUCUUAAAUUGCUGUUCGUGCACUGAUUAAAAAAUUACAAAUGUACGUGUCGUUUAAAGCUGAAAUGUUCUUUUCAAUGUGUAAAUAACGUAAAAAUUAUUAACCUAAUUAUAACAAUAUUACUAAUUAGAAACUUUUAAAUCGAAUCUCCAAAGACUGCCCCGUAAAACUACUAACAAAUUAUUCGUAGUUUUAUGAAAUUCAGAAGCAUUAGAGUAGAUAAACUUUUGCUUUCAUUUCAUUAUCAACUUAGCUGUGAGUGCUGGCUCUAAGGGGGCUGGAUCCACCCUCAAAUAGUUACUAUCUGCUUCAUAAUAUUACACAAAUUAAAACCUUCUCUUUUUUUGGUAGUAACAGACUACCAAACGAGAAGGACACCAAGUCAUGAUUAUAUAAAUACCACUUGAUUUUCUCAAAAUAAAUAAUGUGCAUUAUUCAAAUACGUUGUAGUGUUAAGAAUAAAAAGCGCCGUGCAGUGAAACUCGUGUAAGAAUUGUCUUCAUAUUGAAUAAGAUACUUGGAAAUAAAUGCUGAUAUGUAUAAUCGAAUGAUCAUAGUGUAAAUAAGUUGAAUCGAGGAAAAAUAAACAAAUUAUGUACCAAAAAAAUGUUAUCAUGUAGCUUUGUUUGAAUUUUGUAGUCUUAGGUGUUAUUAAGAUUUAAUGUCUUCUAAGCUGACGAGCACUGUAUUACAUUAAAAUAAAUCUUUUUCAAAUAAAUCGUGGAAUAUCCUGUAAUAACCAGAUGCCUUAAGACUUGUAAUUUUUAUAAUAAUAUAGUGCUAUUUAAAAGACACAAAUAAUAAUAAUGAGUAAUUCAGUGCUAUUUGUAAUAUUCUAUCUCACUUUUAUCGAUAGUUUUUCCCAACACUAAAGUACCGAGGUCCUAAAUAAAAAAAACCCUUUGUUGUCUUUUAACUUCAUCUGGUCUGCAUGUCACAUUUAGAUAAUUAUACAAUUGUUUCUUUUUUGUCUCUUGAGAAACUUAUUUCUUUCAGUGUUAUACUUUUUAAGCGUGCUAUUUAAUGAUACAAAUAUUUUGUUUUUAAUAUCAUGACAAAGGAUUCGAAUGCAAUUUGUGAGUAACUAAUUGAUAAUUUGUUUGUGAUAUUUGUAGAAUAUUGUGCAAUAAUUUCGUCACCAAAAGCUCUUGCCAAAAUAACUCAAUGUGUGGAAAAUAUCGUUCUAAAUCGGGCAGCUUAUAUGUAUAUAAGUCGAAAUUUUAUUCUAUCAACAAAUAAACGUAUGUAUUCGAAGAGUUUGUUGCCCCGUUUAUCGAGGGAAUAGUUGCAUGUUCGGUUUGGUUUCUAUUAGGAAGAUAAUUGUCGCUGCUAUUUUAAAAUUGUAAAACAAGUCAUAAUGUAAACUGCGAUAAGAGUCAUUUUGCUCUGCACAUCACAAAUUACAGCUUCCAAAAAAUGCCAAAGUUGAAUCGACUAUCGCGUUUGACAUUUUGAACUCUAUUUCAUGCGCAACAGAGUUGAUAAUAAUGUAAUGGUCAUUAGCAUCACAAUCAAAUUUGGCUUCUGAGUAAGUUUCUAGAAUUUUUGAAGGAGAUAAGUUCCCAAAUGUCAAUGAUAUUGCAUUAUAAAAAAGAAUAGAGACAGUAACUAAUAUCCAAGUAACUAGGCAUGACAAAAACUUGUUCUGUGCGUUAAACAGCUGACAUCAAAUAUGGAUAAACUGUCUUCAUAUUUUUCAAUAUACCUAAUAUCAUUGCCAUACAAAAAUAAUUGUGUGUAUUUAAGUAGUUAAAUAAGUAUAAAUGUAUGUUUCGUUCGCAUGUGUCGGUCAUAACAUGUAAAGUGAUUGUACUAAACGGGUAUACAAACAAAUGUAUUAUGUAUAUAUCUGAUGCACCCUCUCGUGUGUAUGUUAGUAAAAUUCUUUUUUGAAUUUA